CCGUGUGACUUCGGGGACAGGUCAAGGUUGCCUCAUGCUUUCGAGUUUACAGUUAAUGCUCGACCUGUGACGUUCAUUUGUUACUCGUUACCAGUUCAAAUAGUGUUUGUUUUUCUGCGCGUGAAUUUUGAUGACAACGAGUCGAUUUCUCGCUCCCUCCCCGUCUCUCUUUCUCUCUCCCCCGUGUCUUGUGCAAGAACGAGAUAAAUUGUCCGCGAAUCCUCAACGUUCGAUUCUACGUUUUGCGCGCGUGCUACGAAGAGGAGGCGCAGACCGCGCGAACCACUUGCUCGUCGUGUCCGAUGUGUCACAGUUGACACGCUCGUCCGCGGGAUUGCUGAGUGAGCACGAUGGAACGUGCGAAGAGGUCAACGGCCAACGAGGCGGAGCCGGGCAUCCUCGAGCCGCUUCUCACGAGGGUCGACCAGCAGGAGCUCAUAUACAUCGACAAGAACGAGUUCAGGAUCGGCCGGGCGAAGGACAACGACGAGAUCAUCUUGGAUGUCACGAUAUCCAGGCGGCACUGCGUGUUCAGGUGCGAGGGUCAAGGUGAUUGGACCGUGAAGGACUUCAGUUCGUCGUCGACGUUCGUCAACGGUGUGGCCGUUCAGCCGGGAGGUGCCCAGAGAGUCAAUCCUGGUGAUAUCGUACAGUUCGGUUGCAACGAGAUGUACAAAUACGUGUUUAGUUUUGCUGGGAGAGGACACUGUGUCAAGAAGCCACGUUUGGAUGAAAAGGUCCUCGACACUAUGCUCACCAAACAGAGGACCUUCGCCGAGAGCCAGGAGUGUCAAAGGAAGGAACUCAAGGACAGGCUCGAGAUCAAGCACAAGGAGCAAGCAAUGUUGAGGCAGCAGCUGGAGGAGCUGAUGAUGCAACAAGUCGCCGCCAUGGACGACAAGGAGAACCUGAUGAGGCAGAUCACGGUGUUGGAGGGCAAGAUAGAGGCGGGCAAUGCGCAAGAGCAAAACCUGCAGAGCAUGUAUACCGAGUUGCUGUGGAAACUGGAGAAUGAGAGGCUGCAGUUCGAGCUGAGGAUAAACGAGGAGAAGCAGAAGUGGCAGGAGGCGCUGGAGAUGAGCAAGCAGGAGAAGGAGAUGGUGGAGGUGAACAUGAAGGAGCAGAUGGAGAGCUGGAGGGAGCAGCAACAGGCGGAAUGGAGGAGCAUGAUGGAGAGCAAGGUGAACGCGGAGAAGACUAUUCAGGCUCAAUUGUUGAACGAGAAGAACAGGCUGGAGGAGAAACUCAAGGAGACGCAGAAAGCCUUGAAGGAACAAGAGGCGAAGGCGAAAACCUCGCAAGCGAUUUUGCACGCCAACGCAGCAGCCGAGUCUACUGUCAGUCCGUCGAACAACUGUAUAUACGUGGAACUCGUAGAUGUGAAUCAAGGUUCGGAAUUUCAUGUAUUGGACACGAUCGAUCUGACCGGGUUCGGUCAGAACAUAGAGACGAACACCAAGGAAGGCGUUUUCGAGAAAGUGAGCGGCAUUAUGGACGAACAGCUGACGUGCAUUAUAUGCUCGGAAUUGUUCGUGAAGGCGACCACGUUGAACUGCACGCACACGUUCUGCCACCAUUGCAUAAACAUGUGGUGCAGGAAGCGGAGAGAAUGUCCGGUCUGCAGGAAACCGGUGAUGUCGAUGAACCGGUCGUUGGUUUUGGAUAAUUUUAUCGAGAGUAUGAUCGAGAAUCUGCCAACCGAAUUGCAGAACAGGAGAAAGGAGAUUCUGCAAGAGAGAAAAGUUACCGAGACGAAGAAGAAACGCCGUUGAGAGAGACCUGCCGUAGGUAGACGAACUACAGUAUUAAGCGCCAGUUGUAAGAAUAUAUAUAUAUAAUUUGUUAUCGCGCAAUUUUCAGCCUCCACAGCCUUGUAUACUUGACAUUUAUACGUUUAAACGUGUCAUUUUAUGUUCUCGUCUAAGUCUGAAAAUUUCCUUUUAUUUCCGUGCAAGAAGCCCUUUCCUCGCUAUUCCAUCGGUUGUAUUUUUUAUUGCGUGACAGUGGGGUGUAUAUCGUUUAUAUUUGUGUGUGUGUGUGUGUGCAGAAUUGUGUGCACAAUUAAUGAGAUUUCUUUUUUAUAUCUUUUCACAAAGCCUAUAGAAUUAUUGUUGCGAACAUUUUCGGAACUUUUCCCAUGAAAACAAUGGUUUGUCCCCGACAAUACAAGCUCUUUCAUUUUUAAUACAUUCGAGAUUGACAACUGGAUGAAAUAAAACGUCGCAAAUAUU